AACGGAAGUACUCGCCAAGCGCAGCGAUCGAAUGGUACUAUCAAUACCAGAGCUUGUAUCUUCGGCUGAUGGCGGAAAAUCAAAUGAUGGCAGAGAACAAGGUGGUUUUCGAGAACGGCAAGUGGUCGGCCGGCAAACAAGGGCAACAACCAGGCUCUGGGAAUUGCCUGAAGAUCGUUGCCACGGAGAAGACGGUUGCUAUGGAGAACGGUGUUGACGAGACGGGGAAUCACGGAACGGCGAGCGUUCGCGAUUCUUCCAGCUACUCUUGCCCACGUUGCGGCAAUGCUUAUUCGAGGCCUCACUCGUUGAACAGGCACAUUAGGUUCGAGUGCGGAGUGGAGCCCCAAUUCGAGUGCCCCAUUUGUCACAAGAAGUCGAAGCACAAGCAUAAUUUGGUUUUACAUAUGAGAACUCAUCAAAAAUCUUAAAUACCGUCAGAGAGAGAAAGAGAUCAUUGGUCGAAAUGAAUAUAUUACUAAUGUGCAUAUAUAAUUAAACGGUGAUCUCUGAUAUCAAGAUAUGUUACCAUGUAUAGACUGACUCACUGCCUUCUUUUUUUUUUUUUAGAAUAUAUUGAUAAAGUUGUUAUACAUAUGUUGUAAACUUUAAGAUGA